CUCACUUUCCCUUCGUUCUGAAGAGUGAAAGGAGAAGGCCGCAAAAAAUUUGAGACCAAAUUAAGAUGAUGCAAGAAAAGGUUGAUCUACGCCUUAGCUUGAGCCUCCACCCUUCUCAAAACCCCUUCCCCCUGCCUUCUUCCACCUACUCUCAUUCCCCAUUCCCCCUCUGCCAAAAGCCACAAUGGAUCAAUAAUCUUCUUCAUUCUUCAGUAGAGGAGGCGCAGCCGAUGCUGAAGGGGAUCGAUGUGAACCGGAAGCCGGGGGCAGAGAGUGUUCUCGAGGAGGAGGAGGGGGAGGAGGCGUCGUCACCCGGUAGCACGCUUUCGAGUGUGAGUGGAAAGAGGAGUGAGAGAGAUCCAUUUUCCAGUGGCGUCGUGGUUCAUGGGCUUGAGAGGACGAGCUCGAGAGGGGUCAGUGAUGAGGAGGAUGGAGAGGGCUCACGGAAGAAGCUCCGGCUCUCCAAGGAGCAGUCUGCUGUUCUUGAGGAGUGCUUCAAGGAGCACAAUACCCUUAGUCCAAAGCAGAAGAUUGCGUUGGCAAAACAGCUCAACCUUAGGCCAAGGCAGGUGGAAGUGUGGUUCCAGAACAGAAGAGCAAGGACCAAGCUGAAGCAGAAUGAGGUGGAUUGUGAGUACUUGAAGAGGUGGUGUGAGAGGCUGACACAAGAAAACAGAAGGUUACAGAAGGAAGCUGCCGAGCUGAGGGCGCUGAAGCUGCUGUCACCGAUGCAGCUGCCGGUGAACAUGAUGCCUCCCACCACCCUCACCAUCUGUCCUUCUUGCCAGCGAGUGAUCUCCCCCUCAAAGUCAUCCAACUCCUCCUCCACCACCGCCACCGCCACCUCUUCGUCUCCACCGGCAAACCGCCAGCACCACCGCUUGUUCCUUGCCGCGCCCUACUCGAAUCCAAAUCCAUGGGCCUUGGCUCCUUUUGGAUCUGCCUAUCUCAAUCGCAGCUCCUAAAGCUAUUCUUAAAUGACAUCUCAAAUUGUUUGAAAUGCUAACUCAAAACUAAGAAAUGACCAUCACUAGUGGCUCCAGGAUAUAUGAAAAAAAUUGUACCAAUUGAUGCAAAAAUACGUUGUUAGCAUGGUAGAAGAUGAAGAUGGAAUUGGAGAACGAAAAAUCUUCCUCCCAUGUGAUCAUGAUGGAUGAGGCUGAUAAAAUAAACUCCCGUCUUUUUUUUUUUUUUUUGACGGGCAUGUGCCAAUCCAUUAAUUUGUUGCUAUUUUAAUAUAUACUAAUCAAUUAAAGUAAGCAUUUCUGCAGUGA